AUGUCUGCACCACUCGCAGAUCUCUCGCCAUCUCGACACAAUUCGCGGCUAUCCCCUAUGCGGACCGCCGACAGCAUUACCGACAUCAAGAACGAAGCACAAUCUCCGUCGUCGCUAGCAAUGGACAGCCUGUCUGUCGCUGAUGCUGAGAAUGCAGAUACUGGCAGCGCCAUGUCGAGUCCGAGAAAGCCACUGUCGCCAGUCAAGUACCGCUUGCAAGACGAUGCCACAAUGCUUAGUUCUCCUCCAGAGUCACCCAGAGACGGCACAGUACGCAUCAACGAUGGCCUCACUCGAGCUAUGGACCAGAUGACAGACGCUUCGCGAGACACAGAGGUCUCCGAAGCGGAAGAGCUUGGCACAGUCCGGCAUAUGGCACCACCAAAAAGUUCCGCAGACCGACUCGACAACGACGUUGAUUUCACCUUGGACUUGACCCAAUCUACACCACAUAAUGCCGCGUUUGAUGACACAAUUGGAGAUCUCAGCAGCAUCUCGGCCAUCCCCACAGACCUUACACGCUUCGCCAAUCUGCGGAACUCGCCCACAAAGUCCAGCCGCCAAGCAUGGUCCCCGUCAAAACAAUUGCGAAAUUCGGUGCUUCUGAAUACCCCUGGUGCAAGUCAACGCCCGUUACAGCUCCUCUCCCGCACAAACUCCAUCACCGAAGACGAAGAGGCAACGCCUCGGCGACCACGCGGAUCCAACGACUCUCCGACUGAUCUGCUGAACUUCACUGGCCAAACAAACAUACUCAUCCCGCCUCCGGGUCCAACGCCCCGAACGUCCAGACGAAGCCCCUCCGGGCGAGGCGCGUUCCCAAUCAAGGUCAACGCCACUCCUGCUCACCGCGCACAAGCAUCAGUUGAUCGCGACCGAGCAAGUGGCAUCACAGCAGACCAGCAAUUGCCCGAGACGCCGGCAGGUCGCCACGCGCACCGGCAUAGUAUGUAUGGCGCAUCCAAUGGCCUCGGUCUAAACCUCAUCGACAUUGAAUUUGAGCCUAUGGCUACACCACGAUCUAUACCGACAGUAACGCCUCGCGAGUUGGAGACGCUCCGAUCUGAGUUGCAAUCGAGAAUCUCGGGACUUGAAGCCACGCUUUCCGGCAAAGAAGCUGAGGUCAAGGCACUGACCCGCGCCAUAACAGAUGCAGAGGUCAGAGCGGGUAAGGCCAGUGAGGAGCUUCGAGGCGAGCGAGCAGCGAGAGAAGAGAUGGAGCAUGCUAAAGAAGACAUGGAACGGCGUAGUCGAGAGAUGGAAGAGGUCCUCAGGGAGGUCAAGCAGAAUGCUUUCGUCGAAGAGCGCGAGCGGGAAAAGCUAAGGCGGCAAAUUGAGGACGCAGAGCGAAAGACAGAAGAUGCAGAAGUCCGAAUUCUGGAGCUCAACGCGUCGCUGGAGACACUCCGGUCCGACCGUCUCAACGGUACGCCUAGUCCAGCAAAGCACCCAUCGACUCCCGGAGGAACCAUCGAUGUUGAUAUAGCCGUCAAGAAUGCUACAGAAAGUGUAGCUCGGGAACUGCAUGCUUUGUAUAAAACCAAACACGAGCGCAAGGUUGCCGAUCUCAAGAUCAGCUACGAAAAACGAUGGAUCAAGCAGGUCGAACAGUUGCGCACCGAGCUCAAGGCCUCUCAAGACGAGGUGGUGAGACUACAGACAGAAAAGGAAGCAACAAUGAGUGGAGUUAUUCCUGGUCAAAGUGAUGCCAUCAUGAAGAUGGAAGGCCAGAUCGAGGAGCUCCGUCGGUGGAACGAGGACCUGGCUGCUCAGAAGAGGGUAGUUGAGGCUGAGAGCGCAGGUUUCAAAAGCCAAGCCGAGACUCUGUCGCAAGAGACGGAUAGUCUACGGCUCAAUCUACAGCAAGAACGUGUGGAGAAAGGCGAACUCGUCGCACAGAUUGACGAAUUCCUAUCGUUGAAGGCAGAGGAAGAAGAAAUCCAAGCUGAACGAGCCAGGACCCAGGCAGCCCUCCAGCAGCCUGUCAGCCCACCCAGGAGUGAGGACGGUGGCAGCAAUACUCGGCCAUCUUCUCUAACUUCCUUCCAAAGCCCGGGGAAGCCACGCACUGGGGCCACCGGCGAUACGCCUUCUGCUGCGCGUACAACUCGUCCAAGACCGAUGAGUAUGUUGCAAGCGCCCAAAGGUGGCAAGUUCUCCGGCAUCCCAGGGCCCGGAUCCGGACUGAAGGCCCCAAGUAACGUUGGACGUGGUGUGGGAUAUGGUGGUCGAAGUGGUGGCUUGAUGGAAGGCAUAGCUCGUAUGGGCGCUGGCCGAUGA